CUCCCUCACACACUUCUCCUGACUUCUUCUGAUCCUGCUUCUGCUGACAGCCAGGCACCCUCCACACCACACCCAUGGCCUGCAACAGCCUCUGCCGUCCCUGCGGACCCACCCCGCUGGCCAACAGCUGCAACGAGCCCUGUGCCCUGCAAUGCCAGGAUUCCCACGUCAUCAUCAACCCUUCCCCUGUGCUGGUCACCCUGCCAGGACCCAUCAUGACCUCCUUCCCCCAGAACACCGCUGUCGGAUCCACCUCCUCGGCUGCCGUGGGCACUGAGCUCAAUGCCCAGGGACAGCCCAUCUCUGGUGGAUUUGGUGGUUUUGGUUACGGCUUUGGCUGUGGCCGUGGAUUUGGCUAUGGACUGGGAGGCCUGGGCUGCUAUGGCAGAAGGGGCAGCUACAUCUGCUAAAGGGGCAGCCUCGGCACACACCUUGCUCCCAUUGUGGGGCAGGAAGGCAUUGAUGAUCUGGCAAAACCUCCUCCAAGUAAAUGACCUUGGCUGAUUGUCGCCCUACUUGCACUUCAACCUGGCUCCCUUCCAUUUGCUGCCUAUGGGCUUUCAGUCUUCUACCUCAAUAAAGUUUUCCUGCAUCACAUUUUAA